AUGUCUGGGAAGAGGGCUCCGCGGACCCCCGGCGGCCUUUGGGCAGCAGCUGUGAUGGUGGGGCUGGCGGUGCUCAUUGCCCCAGGGGCUGAGGGCAGAGACUCUCCAGGCCAGGCCGAAAGCGAGAGGAGCCUUGUGGAGGGGCGGCGAGAACUGCUCUGGCUCUUAGAUUCCUCAGUGUUACCUGCUGAGGGCUGUAGAGACGGGCCGCGCGAGGACACUGCUUCGGAGGAGAUGUGGCGGUCACUGCUGUCCUGCUUUGUUGGACGUGGAAAGUCUACUGAUCACACGCUUGCUCGGGCUGAUGAAGUGGCCCAGGUCGGAUGGUCCCCCCGUCUGGGGGUCCAGGGACGGCACAGGGAGGCUGUCCCCGGGGAGGCCUGCUGGUGCUCUCACAUCUCACUGCCUUUCCUGUCUGUUACUCCCCCAGUGGCGCCCACGGUGACCGUCUCCCCAGCCAAGAGAGAGGCUCUCAACCACCACAACCUGCUGGUGUGCUCGGUGACGGACUUCUAUCCAAGCCAGGUCAAAGUUCGGUGGUUCCGGAACGACCAGGAGGAGACAGGCGAUGCCGUGUCCGCCACCCCCCUUAUUAGGAACGGGGACUGGACCUACCAGAUCCUGGUGAUGCUGGAAAUGACCCCCCAGCGAGGAGACGUCUACACCUGCCACGUGGAGCACCCCAGCCUCCAGAGCCCCGUAACAGUGCAGUGGCGGGCACAGUCUGAAUCUGCCAGGAGCAAGAUGCUGAGUGGCGUCGGGGGCUUGGUGCUGGGGCUGAUCUUCCUCAGCCUGGGCCUUGUCAUCCGUCACAGGAAACAGAAGGGGCUCCUGCGCUGACUCCUGAGGGUACUUUGACUGGGACUGGCUGUGUUUCUUCCGAUAUGCCUGCUUGUCCUCACCCAGAAUUCCAGCUGCCUGGCAGCCUGUCCCCUGAGAUCAGAGCCCUACAGUGACUCUGAGGCAGGUGGCCGUCAUCCCCUGUGACCCCCACCCAAGGAUGCUGCCUCCUGCACUGACUUUGAGCCCCUGCCCAUCCCUGCCAAGGCAUUUUUCUGUUUCCACCCUUCCCCUCCCCUUCCCCCGCCCCCAACUGUUCAGGAGAAGCACACUGAAAUCAAUUACCUGCCUACAGAGCUUUUUAUCAUAAUUAAACAUUAUGAGUUGUCUGUU